AUUCCCAGAAGAUCAUCCAUCACCUGUAUGUUUUAUUAGAUCACUCGAAAGGCUGCUUUAAUCAAUAUAGGAAGGAGCAUUAUCAAGCAAAAACCAUAUCCUGCCAUCACAUCUCUUCUGUCCUUGUAUCAAGGGUUGGAUUCAAGUUACUUGACCAAAGCCAGGGAUAUAACAGAACCUAGAGACUAUUAUAAUAAUAAUAAUAAUAAUAAUAAUAAUAAUAAUAAAAAAUAAAAGGACCAGGAUUAGACAAGACACUAAGAUAGGACACUCAAAGUCAAUGUCAAUGUCUUUUUCUGAUCUCCUUGCCUAUUUCUCUAGGUUCUAGGUUUCAGGUUGUGAGGAGUCUACUGGAUAUUGCUUAAAGUUUCGUUCGUUUCACUGAAAUUAAUGGAGAAUUGUAGUGAUUUCCUGCCAUUGCUUGGACCAGAUGCGUCAAGGAUUCUCAAGAAUUUAGAUGAUCCAGCUGAUCUCGUCCGUGCUAGUGCUGUCUCUCAUGCUUGGCGUAAAUUCUUGAUCACAAAUGGUUUCUGCAAGAACCUGUGCUUAAAAAUGUUUUCCGAAAUCUCGAGGGUUGCACAAGUUAUUGAAGUAAGCAAUAUGACAGAGCCUUUCGAAGUUGGAUCAAACAGUUCUUUGGAAUGGGAAAGUCUAAAGAGGGACCAUCGAGUUUAUGCUCAUUUAGCUCACAGCUUCAAAUCUCUUGGGACAAAAGAUUGCAUUUUAGAUGCCAUUAGUGCGUCUAGUACUGAUAAUUAUCCUGAAGAGAGUAUUAACAACACCUUGGAAGCAAGUGACCGUGUUGAGGGGAGGGCUUCAUACUGGUCAAGCAAAGGAGAAACAAAUCCUGAAGUGCCAGAGACAUUAACUUAUAGAUUGGUCUCCAGGCUGUGUGUUAUAACUGAAAUCAGUAUACAACCAUUAAAAGCAUUUUUUCAGUUUGGUUCCCCUAUAUAUUCGGCCAAGGCUGUGAGGUUUCGAAUGGGUUAUCUCAAGAAACCAUUAGAAGCAGGGAAUGAUCACAUGGAUGAGUCUUCGGCAGGUCACAGAUAUAUUGAAGACAACUUCAUUUCAGCAUAUGUUUCACCAGAGUUCCCAUUGGCUCAGGAUAAUAGUUUGCAGAAGUUCAAGCUACCAGAGCCUGUUCUAUGUAUUGGUGGAAUUCUGCAGGUUGAGCUAUUGGGUAGGGUCCAGAGACAAGAAUUUGAUGGUUUAUUCUACAUAUGUGUGUCCCAUGUUAAAGUUAUUGGUCGCCCACUCUUACCUACAUUCGAUGUUGAAAUCCUUGAUCGUCCUGGAGAGUCUGGAAAGUGCAUACUAAAAUACAACCCUUCAGCCGAGUGUUGCAUCUCUCCUGCAAGAUCUGAUGAGGACAAGGCAAGUGUGUCCCCUUUGGGAGCAGUUGAGGUAAUGAUUAAUUCGUUGCAAUGGAAUGUUGCUGUUGUUGGUGAUUAUGAAUCAGAUGAGGAGCCCACCCUAUGCCAAAAUCAUUGAUGAUUGUAUGAUUUUACAUGGUUGAAAAACAACUGAAACAGCGCAAUACAUGACCCCUCAUUGAAGAUCUUAAGCUAUCCAAGAAUCUCAUUUGAGUUAUCAAACUAAAAUGAAUAAUGAGAUUUGCAAA